ACACAAAUGUUAAAAAUUAAGGAGUCAGUUUCUGUUGGUACAGUCGAGAUGGAGAUGUCGCUGCAGCAACGAUGGUCGCGCUUCGCUGAGGAGGAUCUGGGCACGUUUGUCACUUGCUCGGCGCUGUUCACGCUCUUUCAGACUGGCGUGGAGUUUCACGCAGUCAAAGACAAACUAUUGCCUACUAGCCAGCGUGCGGUCCUCGCGAUGCGUCGCACAGGUCCCAAGGUGCCGCUGCUUGUAUGCUCUGCCGCUGCGGGAAUUGCCGGCAUGAAACUAUCGAUCGCUGCCGUGUCGCACUACCGUCAGGACUUCUCGCGCGACAACGUGCUUAUGGCGUUGCCCGUUUGUGGAGCGCUGCUCAACCUUCACCGGGGCUCUCAUGCAAUGGCCAAGGGAGCACUUGGACUCGCCACGGUCGGCUAUGGCGCUGACUACGUCUUCAGCAUCUACCACCGCUUGAAAUUUGAGGACGCAUUGCGCCAGCACGAAGAAAAGCAGGCGCUUCUGCGCUUCCAACCGACAACCAGCUUGGACUUCGAGUGAUCGCCAUUUUAAAUAAAAUUAGACCGGGACUAUAUACUUAAGUAAAAAUAAAAUUAACACAUCCAUCUCGUCAAA